CAUUUUCCAAUUCUGACAUUAUCCCUAUACAUCAGCCAGAAGGUUCACAGUUCAGAGCUUUUUGCGCCAAGUUUGUACAACUUCAGAAAGCGGUACAACAAUUUCCAUCCCAAUCGGAGCCUGGGAAAAGGACCUAUCAUCUACAACAAACACAGAAUUCCGGACCCAGGUUUGGCAAGACAACACAAGAUCAUGACUACGGUAAAGCAUUUUUCAACAAAAUCAACUGGCACAGAGAUGAUAAUGAUUGUAAAGGCUUCCCUGAAUGAAGAGAAGCUUCUGAGUGCUGACCUGAGUGCUGGACUGGAGUUUGCCAAAGAGAGGCUCAGACACAUGUUACCAGCCAAAGUAGAAGAGGCCACACUGAUUGUUGAAGGAGAGAACCUCAUGGUAAAAAUACAACCCGAUAGAAGCAAUGGAGUUUGCUUCUUGGUCAGGUUUGUUUCUGGCUAUCUUCAGCUUCAACAGCAUGUGCUUGUAGGGGACAAGCUCACAAAGGAUAACAUACAGGAACAUGAUUUUAUUGAGCACCGAUGUCGAGAUCAGACAAAUCCCUGCUUUAGACAGGCAAAAAUACUCCUGGGUGAGAAGUCAUGGAACAACACAGAACUCAGAAUUGAAUGCAAUAAUUUGUCUAUCAGAUUCUCCACAAAUUUUAUUGACAUGAAUGCCAAGGUUUUCUUAGUGAAGCCUACACUCAGAUUUCCAUAUCAUCAUUUCAGUAGAAUUAAAGACGUACUCCAGACUAAGUGCUGGUUGGAGCAGGAGAUGCCCGACAAGAAGGGUUUGCUAGAAUGUGUAAUUCAUCUGUUGAAAGAAUUUUCAAUAACAGAGCAGGGCAAAAAAUUUCAGUGGAUUCUACAGGGUGAUGGGGAAUGUUUGGAGUUGACUACUGUACGUCGAGAUCCAACAUAUUAUUUAAUAUAUGUUUCCGGAAACGUGAUCAAACUACAAAAUCAGAUGCAGGACUCAGAUUACGAUAUCCUUUAAUGAAAUAAUAGCUUAGGGUGCCAUUUAAUUCAGUAUUUUAGGUGGUGUGCUGAGCAGGUCAGACCAGUUCUCUUUUUCCAAGGCUACAGUUCUGGGGGAUCCCCUCAUGUUCCCGUGGGUACGUCCCUCCGGUAUGUCUUGGGUCUGCUCCUGGCCUCCACUCAGUGGGAGUACAGUAAAUGUUCCUACAGUAUAUUUCAAAGUGUUAAUAUGCACACUUUACCAAAGUACUUCCACUGGGGGCAGCUUUUAUCCACUGUUCAAAUAAUGAAUCUAUCAAGUUUCUGCACAGGAACUUGUGCAUUGUUCACUGUAAGCGGAAGCAGGAAUAUUUGCAGGGUAUGUUCGCAAAUUAAGCUAUAUCCUUAUUUUUGAGUCCUGUGUGGUUAAUAAUCAGCAUAUCUUAAUCCUACUCAUUUGGAAAUGUUUUUAAGAGUGAUGUGUUUUAGCCAAAUCAUACAAGCUCUUUAUGUGACACUCAAAAUAAAUAUACAAUGCAUAUUAACUUAA